CCAUGGGGAGCAGCAAGAGCAAGCCCAAAGACACCAGCCAGCGGCGGCGCAGCCUGGAGCCCGCGGAGAAUGCCCACCACGGAGGCUAUCCGGCCUCCCAGACCCCCAGCAAGAGUGCCGCUCCUGACACCCAUCGCACCCCCAGCCGCACCUUCGGGACCAUGGCUGCGGAGUCCAAGCUCUUUGGGGGGUUCAACACCUCCGACACCGUCACGUCGCCGCAGCGCUCCGGGGCUCUGGCAGGUGGAGUCACCACCUUCGUGGCCCUUUACGAUUAUGAGUCCCGGACGGAAACGGACUUAUCCUUCAAGAAAGGAGAACGUCUCCAAAUUGUCAACAACACGAGAAAAGUGGACGUCAGGCGGGAGCAGCCGUCAGCGCAAGGAAGGCGGCUGUCGGGAAGUGAGCGCCGAGCUGGGGGCCCCCAGCCCGCGGCGGAGGAGACCCAGAUGAAAAGCUGCUUGGAUUUUAGGGAAGAGGGGAGUGGGUCUGGAUAUAAUCCUCCGAGGUGUUUGGCUGGGAAGAGGCAGGGUAAAGGUGUCGUGUGCCAGAGUGUCCUGCUGCAAUUCUCCCCUCGUGCCCUAGAGCACGCCGAUGGCUUGUGUCAUCGCCUCACCAACGUCUGCCCCACCUCCAAGCCCCAGACCCAAGGCCUGGCCAAGGACGCGUGGGAGAUCCCCCGGGAGUCUCUGCGGCUCGAGGUGAAGCUGGGGCAAGGCUGCUUUGGAGAAGUGUGGAUGGGGACCUGGAACGGCACCACCAGAGUGGCCAUAAAGACGCUGAAACCCGGCACCAUGUCUCCAGAGGCGUUCCUGCAGGAAGCCCAGGUCAUGAAGAAGCUCCGCCAUGAGAAGCUGGUUCAGCUCUACGCGGUGGUUUCGGAGGAGCCUAUUUACAUUGUCACUGAGUACAUGAGCAAAGGGAGCCUCCUGGACUUCCUGAAGGGAGAGAUGGGCAAGUACCUGCGGCUGGCCCAGCUCGUGGACAUGGCAGCUCAGAUCGCGUCUGGCAUGGCCUAUGUGGAGAGGAUGAACUACGUGCACCGCGAUCUCCGUGCAGCCAACAUCCUCGUAGGCGAGAACCUGGUGUGCAAAGUGGCCGACUUUGGCUUGGCGCGCCUCAUCGAGGACAAUGAGUACACCGCCCGGCAAGGUGCAAAGUUCCCCAUCAAGUGGACGGCCCCUGAAGCGGCUUUGUACGGCAGGUUCACCAUCAAGUCGGACGUCUGGUCCUUUGGCAUCCUCUUGACCGAGCUGACCACCAAGGGCAGAGUGCCGUACCCAGGGAUGGUCAACCGGGAGGUGCUUGACCAAGUGGAGCGGGGCUACCGGAUGCCUUGUCCGCCGGAGUGCCCUGAGUCUCUGCAUGACCUCAUGUGCCAGUGCUGGAGGAAGGACCCAGAGGAGCGGCCCACCUUCGAGUACCUGCAGGCCUUCCUCGAGGACUACUUCACGUCGACAGAGCCCCAGUACCAGCCCGGUGAAAACCUAUAGACCUGGAGCUCCUGGCGCUAGAGACCCCCCCAGGCCUCACUGUGCGCGCGUGGGGCACGUGGCUCACAGAGGUCUACCUUCCUCGCACACGAGGUGGGUUUUGAGGAGCAGCCCCUUGGGGCGGGACAGAGCAUUGCCUCCAGGCGUGGACAGUAGAGGUGCUGGAUUUUCUUGUGGCUUGUUAAAACUUCUGGUCCCUGUUUAAUGAAGCGUCGCCGUUCUGCUGGCGAGAGGAGUCUACAGGUGCUGUGCACCAGCUGGGCCAGAGACGUCACUCUGGAGGGUGAGCGGAGAAGCAGGCUCACGGGGCAUCAUCCUUGGAGAGCCUUUGGCCUUUGUGAGACUUUUUCCCUGCUGGUAGCUCCGUGGUGCCUGCGGGCGCCCAGGUCUCUGGGUCGGAGGUCAGCGCUGCAGGACACUGCCUCCCACCUCGGACACGUGGUCCUGGCCCCCCCCGCCUUUCUGCAUCAGCACAAGUCUCCCUGCCCCCUUCGCCUGCCCCUCGGUUCCUCUCCACGCCGGUCCCCCCAAGAGAUUCGCGGAGACAUUUCACUUAGGGGAAGGCACCAGCCGUAGCUGUUUCAGACUUGGAUACUCUUCCAGAGGGCGGAUGUUAACAUUUCGGUGCAGCCAGGCCUGGUGACGGCCACCUCUUCCAUCCUCGCCGCAGCGUUGCUGCAGACAUAGGGUGGGAGCCAGGACACUGGCCGCUCUGCAUCACUCCGCCUUGGAGCUCGCCGUCCGUGCCUCGGGCAGGACUCUGCGGCUGAGCUGUGUUAGCGCCCGUGUUGGGAGUUUUAAAUGUAACCGCUUGCGGCUCUGGUGACUUCAGCUGUGUCUUGGGGCUGCCCGGGGGCAGGUUUGAGUCUUCCAGUUGUGUCUUUUCCCCAGCAAAGGGGACCUGUGUCACGUGGAGAGCUACUUCUGGGAACACCACCACGGGAGAUGCCAGGAGAGGCCCUUCCCUUGCCUUGCUGCCUGACCCUGCUGCUUCGGAUGGGUUUUCCUCCUGGUCUUCCAGCCGGUACCCUACAAAAAGCACGAGAACAACACCAAGCCGCGCUCUCCAUCCCUCUCGCUUUGCUGCAAGGUUUUUCAUUGCUAGAGAAAGGGACUGUAGAGUCUCUCCGGUCUGUCGCCCCGCAUGUCCCUGGCCCGCCAUGUGGCUGGGGACAGAGCAUCCUUGGAGGAUGGGCCGCGGCGCUCCUCCUCUGACAGCACUGCUGUUCUGCUGCGUUCAGAUUUAAGUCCUAAACGGUGCGGUUUCCCCGUCCCAACUCACUCUUCCUUCAUCCUACAUGCAGACGUGGUGCCUGAGUCCCUGGGGGUGUGGGAGUGUUUUAGGGGGAGCGUUGGGUUUUCAUGGGUGCUUCUGGCCGCCCGGUACGUUUUUAGCAGCCUGCCCUCGCUCCCG